CCCUACGUGCGUCGAAAGAAGAAGAAGAUGGCGGAUACUCUGCGGCGGAUGUUGGAAAGCGGAAAGCUAACGGACGAACAAUGCCUCUCUAUGUUGAGGGUAUUAGAUUCCGAUGAUAAAGUAGUGGGUCGAUGCACAUGUCAGAAAGUGAUUGAGGAAAAAGCUGUUAAACGAAUCGAAAACAGGAAACCUCUGACGCAGUUGUUGGACAUGCGGAAUCUAUCUGCUGAGGAAAGCUACAAUCUUUUACGCCAAAUAGAAGAAGAGGAAGGUGAAGAAGAGGAAGAACUAGACGAAAGGUACCCCGACCAAAUCCUUGAUUCUCAGUUUUUCGAUAUCGAUCGUGACGUUCGUGUCCCACGUUUGAUCGGAGUCUUACAAUUUUAUUUUGGGGACAAGGAGGAAGAACAACCACCUCCCGAAAUGGUUCUCUACGGCCAGUUGGCUGUUCAUUGGUUCAACUUUGAGCACAAUAGGAACUUGAAGUUCAUACGCUUACCAAAAUUGAAUACCCAACACCCGUUUUCUGUAUCCUACUAUAUUACUGUAGAGGUUGAAGAUGAGGAUGAAGAUGUUAAUGCUGCUGCUGAUUCGUCUCCGUCGUCUCUCACUCUGCAAACUAUGGUCAAAAGACCUUUUGGUGCCUUUUUGGAAGCUAUGAUGGAAGUUAUGAUUGAAGUUAUGAUUGAAGUUUGCGUGUAAGGCAAACGUGAUAAC